UAGGUACCCUGUUGAACCAGCAUGAAGGUCUACUUUGCCGCAGUGUGUUCAGUGGUUGCUGUUGUUGCGGUUGCCAUCGCUUGCAGUGACGGUCGUUAUGGACAGCACUGUCAGUUUGAGUGUGGUCACUGUAAAGGAAACCUGCCAUGUAACAAGAUCAGUGGAACAUGUGAUCAAGGAUGUCAGCCAGGGUUUCAAGAAGCCUUUUGUAAAGCAUGCGUUGAUGGUAUGUACGGGGUUGACUGCAUGUGUAAAGACCCCCUAACCUGUGACGACGAGUCCAGUGGAGAAUGUCCUGAAGGAUGUCAGAGUAACUUCAUGAAGCCCCAGUGUCCAGAGUGUCCAGCAGCACCAGGACGUUCAAACUGGGAACUACCAGUUACAGCAACACUCGGUGCCAAUCUUGUAUUUGCCCUCAUCGCUCUGUUGACAGCCAUCAUUUAUAACAGAAGAUUGAAGAAACAACUAACUGCUGUACAAAAGAAGCCUGAAAAUGACUACGUGUCUUUAGAUGAGAUGAUCAGGGAUCCAGUUGUUGAAAUCAUAUAUGAAAACACUCGCAACAUCGUCCUGUAGAUCAUUAGUGAUCACGUUGGUCAAAUGAGAAAAAUUGUGACAAAACCAUUUCCAUAAUCAGGGGAAAAAAAUGUGCCAAAAGCUGGGUCCAUUUGAAGAUUCCGAAUUUUUCAGGAUCAUCUGUUUCGGAAUCACAAUUAAAUUGAGAUCAUAACAGGGUAAAUCCAACGUUAUAUUCCACUGACUUAUGUAUAUGAUUGUAUUUGCUGGUGCAUUGUUUUAUUUCAUUCAUUUAAGUAUAUGCAUUAGCUAAUGCAGCGUUUUAUUUCACUCUGAUAUGUAUAUGUAGUCGCUUAAUGUUAAUGUUUAUUUCACUCGUUUAUGCAUUCGCUCGUGCAAUGUUUUAUUCCACUCAAUUAUGUAUAUGUAUUCGCUACUGCACAAGUGUCUUGUACAGUUUAGUUCCUGUACAAAUCUUUGUUUCCUGAGUGAACCAUACUACAUCAAGAGUUAUCUGCCCUGGUGUAGCAGAUGGAUUCCCUUGUUGGCAUGGCACAUGUGACAGCAGAAGAGAAAAGAUAGCUGGAUCUAGAUGAUUUUGAAAGAAUGCAAAAAGUAUACAGAACUUUGAAGAAUAUUCAGUCAGGAGUUUGGAUGGAGCACAACA